CUGUCCGUAAUAAAAUCUGUUACAAAACCUACAUAGCCGUCGGUCCAAAGGGAAAACAGAGCAAGCUAGGGUUUCAAUCAUUUCAACCGAUUCGAGCGCGAUUCAGUUUAUAGUUGUGAAACUAUGGGGGGUAAAACGAAGUCCCAAAGGAAGAGGGAGAAGAACAAGGCUAUUGCUGAAGCAUACCAAAAACUCAAAGCUGAUUACGAAAUUCUCCUCAGAGAAUUCACAAGCUUGAAACAACAGAACGAUCAUACAUACAAUGGUGGCCAAUCUCUCUUAAUUAUAACCACGAAGAAUGAUCCUCCAUACAAUGGUGGCCAAUCUCUCUUAAUUAUAACCACGAAGAACGAUUCUCCAUACAAUGGUGGCCAAUCUGGCUGUGACCAAUCUGGCUACUCCAUGUGCGAUCCUACAGACAAUGGUGGCCAAUCUGGCUACUCCAUCUGCGAUCCUAUAGACAAUGGUGGCCGAUGUGGCCAAUCUGGCUACUCCAUCUGCGAUCCUAUAGACAAUGGUAGCCGAUGUGGCCAAUCUGGCUACUCCAUCUGCGAUCCUAUAGACAAUGGUAGCCGAUGUGGCCAAUCUAGCUACUCCAUUUGCGAUCCUACAUACGGUGAUAGAUAUAAACCAAAGCCACCUCAGCUAUGUCCUCGGUUUCCUGAACAAAGGGAGAUUUUAUCUUUAGACGUUGGAUUUGCUCAAACUCCUGUUUUACGAGAAAUUUUUAGUUUUUGGGAUUAUAUAGCUUCUCCACAAGAUAUACAUCAGGAAAUGAAACGUUUUGGAGUAGAUUUGGAGGUCAUAUCUUCCAAGAUUGCACCUUCGGUUGUAGCUGUUUCCUCUUUCUACGGCUCGAAAAUUAAAUUUGAUUGCUCAGGCCUCAUAAUACAUUGGAGUUCAAGUGAGAAAGAAGCAAUUAUAUUGACUUCUGCAAAACUCCUUUAUUAUCCAAAGGGCUCUGAAGUUGAAUUUCAUCUUAUUGUAAGGAUGGCAGAUGGAACUCUGCUUCUUGCUAAAGAAGAUCACGUCGACUACUACUACAAUCUUCUUACUCUGAAAGUUAAGCCCGUAGUGGAACCGGAAGUAGUAGAUUUGAGAUCUAGGCAAGCGGGCGUUGUUGAUGGGAUGAAAGUGAUCUCAUUUGGUCGUUCUUUGUUAACCUCCACCUUGUAUGGUGAUAGGGGAAAGCUAUUUGAGUAUCCUCCAUCUUUUGGAUGUUAUGAGCUUUCAGCAACUGAUUGUGGCAUCCGUGAGAUUGGUGAAGGUGGACCACUUGUCAAUGAUGCGGGAUAUGUGGUUGGUAUUAAUUUUUUUGGUCAUUAUCGCUGUGCUCAAGCACUUCCUACUCCCACUAUCCUAUCUUGCUUGGAGAUGUGGAAGUCCUUUAGUACUGUUCUGCGACCUUGGUUUGGAAUCAGAGUGAUUGAUGUGAAACAAUACCGGAAACUAGUAUCAAAUCCAGGAAAGGAACUAGAUGCAUCCAAUCGAGAUUUAUCUGUUUCUGUCGAAGAGGUGCAUGAAGGAUCAGUUGCUUAUAAAUAUAAUGUAAAGUCAGGAGACAAAGUUGUUACUCUGAAUGGAACUAAAAUAGAAACUGUCAAGCAGUAUUCCCAAUUAUUGUCUGAGGCAUCACGAGCAGCGACUACUUGUGAAUCAGGUCAUCGUUUAAUGGCCGUCAUAAAUCCAUUUGAUCGUCCUACUGAUGAUAUAAUUAUUGAGGCUGACAACAUAUCGGUUGAUGACAAGAGAUUCUCUAGCUGUUGGCCGCUACUUGUUUCUGAUGAUUGGGACAAUUGUUAAACUGAUUCUCUAUGCCGGAAGAAGACUACAUAUAUUGAAUUAUUGAAGUAUCUGUGGUAUUGGCUUUCUGUUGAUGAAGCUGUAAAAAGUCAGAUGCAGAUGAGUUUGGCAUUUGUUGGAUUUGGACUGCUUGCUGCAUGCAAGAAUUAUAAACAACUUUUAAUGCACUUGGCUAUUUGGCUUGGAAAAAAACAUGAUUUUAUUAUUGAAUUAGUUUAUCAUUGGGAUA